GUCAUGCACCGGGCACUUUGUAUGCACUUUACCAGGAGUAUUUCCCCGGGAUUGUAGCAGGCGAUAUGGGUCCUUGUUCGGUGUGAACAUCACCCGGUACCGGCGAAAAAGAGCUCAGUAGUUCAAUACGAGCUUCUAUAUCGUUUUCUUUGGAGAGGUGCCAUUAGGAUUUGAGCAGCGUAGUAGACCCUAUUUUCUUGGCUCUGGGCCUAGCUAGCUCUAUUACCCCAGCUGAUUGGUUUAUGAAUGGAUGGAUUUGUAGUGUAGUAUGCAGUGUAGAAAACAAUUCCAGCAAUCAUGAAUGAAAAGCAAAUUGUGUGGUGUUGGAUGCUAAUGUGCUGCGCUUGUGUACUUUUUGAUGGUGCCUCUGGAUCCAACGGUAAAUUCACCGGAUCACACCCGCCCUCAUGGACUUUGUCAGAGAUAGUGAUACCCGUUCGCUUGGAACAAGGCGAUACCCAUACAGGGGAACGUCACUUUCAAAAACGAAGUGCAACAUUUUCAGAGCAGCAAGAGGCUCUUAAUAGUGGACAAUCAGCCCAAUAUCGUGUGGAAGCAUUUGGAGAACAGUUUAUUUUGGAUUUGGACCAUGAUGCAUCUUUUCUGUCGCCAUCUUUCAGUGUUCAUGUGUCGGGAAAGAGCAAUGUGGAUAUUCAUGAUGAGGAUAAUAGCAUUCAUUGUUUUUAUGCGGGGCAUGUGAAUGGACAUCCAGAAUCCAGUGCUGUGGUCAGUCUAUGUGGCGGUAUGUUUGGUCUCUUCAACACUCACAAUGGCACCCAGUUCUACAUAGAGCCUGAGGGUGGGGUCGCCCAAGGUGUUGAGACCAAUACCAAACCCCACAUCGUCUACAGCAGUGGACCCCCACCACACCCCAGCACCCCUCCUACCAGCCCUGCAGGUGGCUGUGGAGUCACAGGUAGGUCAAGCCAGCGAGACUUUGAACUUUUCAGAGCACGAGGGCAAAGCGUUUAAAGAGAGAGCUUGUGGAGAAGAUGAAAUAUGAUUUCUUUGAUACCUCUGUAUAGUGUUGAGAUAUGUAUGGUACAUGUAGUAUGGUUGUCUGAUUGAUGAUGUGAAAAAUGCUUGAAUUGAGAUCAAUUUGGCUAGUCAUAGAUCUUGUAAUUCAAGACUGUUGGGAUAGUACUGGUAGAAUAACUACCGGUAUGUGAAUUACAAAAAGUUUAUUUAACUUUCAGAAACUCCUGUAUCAUUGAUUAACACUAAUGGAGAACUUUUACAAAAAGUGCUUUAUUGCACACACCUUAGAAUUUAUAUUUGGAUUAUUAAAGUCAGUGUUUUAUUCAUACAUGUAUAUAGGUGAUGGACAAGGCUCUUGCAAUCAGGUUGGUUAUAGAUUCCCUCAAUCUUCUCACUUGUGAAAGGAAAAUUGUGAUAACUGAUCAUCCCUACAGUUAUUAUGGAUGAUUUUAUUGCUUACCGAGCAAGCCAAGCAACUGCUCCGUUCAUAAAGUUCAACUUUAGCAUUGCUGUUGACCUCUUCAAUCACAGAUCUUAUAUGAUUUCAUGGAUUAGCCGGCAAGCAGUUUCAGAAGCUCCUACCUUGUGUUCCUAGCCUAGAGAG